AAUAAUUUUUUUAAAAAUUUCAGAUUCAACCAUAUGAAAAAAUAAAGGCCAGGGGCUUACCUGAUAAUGUAUCUUCUGUGCUGAACAAGCUGGUGGUAGUGAAACUCAAUGGCGGUCUGGGUACCAGCAUGGGCUGCAAAGGCCCCAAAAGUCUGAUCGGUGUGAGGAAUGAGAAUACCUUUUUGGAUCUGACGGUUCAGCAAAUUGAACAUUUGAACAAAACCUACAAUACAGAUGUUCCUCUUGUUCUGAUGAACUCUUUUAACACGGAUGAGGAUACAAAAAAAAUACUACAGAAGUACAAUCAUUGUCGUGUGAAAAUCUACACUUUUAAUCAGAGCAGGUACCCAAGGAUUAAUAAAGAAUCUUUACUGCCUGUAGCAAAGGAUGUAUCAUACUCAGGGGAAAACACAGAAGCCUGGUACCCUCCAGGUCAUGGUGAUAUUUAUGCCAGUUUCUACAACUCUGGUUUGCUUGAUACCUUUAUAGGAGAAGGCAAAGAGUAUAUUUUUGUGUCUAACAUAGAUAAUCUGGGUGCUACAGUGGAUCUUUAUAUUCUUAAUCAUCUAAUGAACCCACCCAAUGGAAAACCCUGUGAAUUUGUCAUGGAAGUCACGAACAAAACACGUGCAGAUGUAAAGGUAAAUAAGAGGCAGCAACCUGGAUUUACAUCUUCACACAUACCAUAGGCUGUGUAGUUCAAA